AUGGAAGAAUAUGCUCCUGUUAAUAAUAAAGAAUGUACCAUUUAUCGAGUUCCUAAACUACUACUCAAGAAGAAUAAAAGAGUCUAUACCCUUCAAGUUAUUUCCAUUUGCCCAUUACACCAUCAUAAUCUUUUCUUAUACCAAAGAAUCCACGAGAUAUAUACCGAUUUUCUUAUGUUGAAAAAUCAAAUCUCUUUCUUCACUCUUCAACAUUUAUACGACCUUAUAUUUUAUUCUUACAUUCUCUCUCAAGUUGGCGUCACCAUCAAGAAAGCAGGAGAUGCCAAAUUUGUGAUGGACAUAAGCUUUAAAAAUGAGGUUUUCAAAAUUCCACCUUUAGGGAUUGAUGAUAACUUUGAAACCAUGAUUCGAAACUUGAUAGCAUUUGAGCAAAUUUCCUUAGCAAAGGAGAACAAGUGUAUCCAAUAUAUCACAUUCAUGGAUUAUUUGAUAAGCACAGAGGAAGACGUGAAUUUACUUGAGAAUGCCGGAAUUAUAAUCAACGAUAUUGGAGGCAGUGCUAAUGAAGUUGCAAAACUGUUUAACGAUCUCUGUAAAUUUGCCACAGUCCCACAUGAUACCUACUUCAACAUUAUCAGUGCUAGCUUACAUGAGCACUGCAAUAAACGUUGGAACAGCGCGAAAGCUAUACUCAAACGUGACUAUUUUUAUACACCAUGGGCUUGUGUCGCUGCUUUUGGUGCUGUCUCGGUCAUUAUUUUGGCCCUCCUUCAAACUAUAUUUUCUGAUAUAUUUACAUUUCAUGAAUCGUCAGAUUUUUUUUAA